AUCUGCUGGAAUUUCACGAGGAAUAGGGCAAUUCUAGCAACGAUUCAUAAAAUUCUUUUGUUUCAUACGGAUUCUCGACUUUUCGAACUUCAUCAGCCAUUCUGUUUGCUUAGGAACAGGAUCAGACUUCGCUUGCCGAUGCGCAAUGCCGCGUCCGAGAUGGCGCAGCCUGAAACUCCGAACGAUCAAACCGCAGUGCGCCGUGACCGGCGCCAUGCACUCGACCAAAUGCCGCCGCCGCCGCCUCCACCUUCUCUUCCGCGACAUCUGCGCCGCCGCCGUUUCUCCACCGCGCCAGCCUCGCACCACCCGCCAUCCUCGGCGCGGGCGGCGGAGCAGCACUGCCUCCGCCUUCUAGUGCGCUUCUCCACGCCGGCCGCCGUCCUCCAGUCCCUCGCCUUCCUCCUCAAGUCCGGCCUGCACUCCAAUCCGCUUGUUCUUACCAGGCUCUUCGCGUCCACCGCCUCCGCGGCUCCCUCGCUGCUCGAGCCCCUCGUCGCCGCGCUCCUCGGUCCCUCCGUCCCGAUCGACGCCUUCCUCGUUAACACUCUCAUCCGCGCGCACGCCACCUCCCCGCUCCAUUCCGCCCGCCUCCGCGCCGCCGCCUUCUUCCCGCUCAUGCUCCGCAGCGCGGUGUUGCCGAACAAAUUCACCUUCCCCUUCCUCCUCAAGGCGUGCGCCGCGCUCCCGGGCUCCCCGGGCGUUGGGCUCCAGGCCCACGCCGCCGCUCUCAAGUUCGGGUUCGCCACCGAUCAGUACGUAUCCAAUACUCUCAUACACAUGUACUCAUGCUUCGGCGGCGGGUUCCUCGGGGACGUGCGGAAUUUGUUCGACAGAAUGCCGAAGUCGAGCGCCGUUACUUGGAGCGCUAUGAUCGGUGGGUAUGUGCGUGGGGGGCUGUCGAGUGAUGUAGUUGGGUUGUUCAGGGAGAUGCAGGCCAGUGGGGUGCGGCCGGAUGAGGUCACAGUGCUUGGUGUUCUGGCAGCAGCUGCAGAUUUGGGUGCACUCGAGCUUGCUCAGUGGGUUGGGCAGUUUGUGGAGAGGGAGGCGAUUGGGAAGUCUGUAACCCUGUGCAAUGCGCUGAUUGAUGCCCUCGCCAAGUGUGGUGAUGUGGAUGGGGCUGUUGCAGUGUUCCAGGGGAUGGAGGAGCGGACUGUUGUGUCGUGGACCUCAGUGAUUGAUGCUCUUGCAAUGGAGGGUCGUGGGAAGGAGGCUGUGGGGUUGUUUGAGGAGAUGAAGACUGCUGGAGUGCCACCUGAUGAUGUUGCAUUCAUUGGGGUGCUCACUGCAUGUAGCCAUGCUGGAAUGGUCGAUGAAGGCCGUGGCUACUUUGAUUCGAUGAAGAUGGAGUAUGGCAUUGAGCCUAAGAUCGAGCAUUAUGGUUGCAUGGUUGACAUGUUUGGUCGUGCUGGCAUGGUUGAGCGGGCAAUGGAGUUUGUUCAGACGAUGCCCAUGAAACCAAACCCAAUAAUAUGGCGGACACUUGUUGCUGCCUGCCGUGCCCAUGGUAGGCUUGAACUUGGUGAAAAUAUCACCAGAAACCUUGUAAAUGAGUACCCUGUUCAUGAGGCCAACUAUGUUAUGCUCUCCAAUGUCUACGCACUGACACAGAGGUGGAAGGAGAAAUCAGAGAUUAGGAGAGAGAUGAGCAAGAAAGGAAUCAAGAAGGUGCCAGGUUGCAGCGUAGUUGAGCUUGAAGGGGAGGUUCAUGAAUUCAUUGCUGGAGAUGAGUCACACCCGCAGUGGAAGGAGAUAUACAUGAUGGUCCAGGAGAUGGCAAGAGAGCUUAAGAGCAUUGGGCACAUCUCAGCUACAUCAGAGGUCCUCCUUGAUCUUGAUGAGGAGGAUAAAGAGGGCGCGCUUCAGUGGCACAGCGAGAAGCUGGCGAUUGCAUUUGUGCUACUGAGGACUCCUCCUGGUACACAGGUCCGCGUGGUUAAGAAUCUCCGAGUAUGCUUGGAUUGUCAUGCAGCAAUAAAGUGCAUCUCACAGGUUUAUAACCGAGAGAUUGUAGUGCGUGAUCGCAGCCGGUUCCAUCGCUUCAAGAAUGGGUCCUGCUCAUGCAAUGACUUCUGGUGAUGCAAUUGUUUUUCACCAGGUUAACCUGUUUCUGAAGGUUUUAAAGAUUGAAUCACAGAAGAUCAUGGUGAUGAUAAUUUAUUUCCAGGGAGCUUCGGCAUAUCUGUCAAGGAAUGUUGUCUGCUCCAUAGCUUGAAGGAUGUUUCCUGUGGAAAAGCUUUCUGGUGAUGGAUCCACACUUCAGCAUGCUGUUGCCAAUCAACAACGGUGCCACAACGCGUUGACAGAUGAUCAUGACAUGCGUAGUGUUGUGGCAGAGUGGGGAUGAGACUGGGAGCAGCUUAUAGAAACAUGUGCUUCAGGAAAAAAGAGUUGGUGAAGGCACGGUGGAUACUGGUCAGAAACGAGAUGGAAGGAGAGCUACAUUUACUUCAGAAGUAUUUCGAAAACUGGGGAAUUCACGGUGUUGUGGAUUGAUCUAUAGUGGUACAUAUGAGCUCACUUCAUUGUUCAUUCAAAGAUAGACAGACUUGGUGGUACAAGUUACGGCCUAGAGGUUAAUGCUCAUACAUUUGGCUUGAUACAGGAAAGAAUCAGCAGAAUGAAAUCAAACUUGUUGAAACCUAGCUACCAAGUCCUCAGCUAAGGUCGAUGGUAUGGACAAAGCUACGAAGCUCGUUGGCCUACAAUGCUGCCUUGCUGCCUCUCUCUCUCCUGCAUUGUCGUCAGCACUGUGCAAGCCACUACUGGCCUUGAACACUUACAGUCAUCAAUUGAAUUCAACUUGAUGAUCACGGACAGGCUUUCUGGAGCCUCUCUGCAAGCACUGUCACUUCCUGGAACACCCGACCAUCUGGUUUAUCUUCACUCUCAUGUUGACAGUGAGCAUUUUCUCAGUCUUUCUUGACGCCUCCACAAGUCCACAUCUGCUUCGGUGAAUCCUCAAGCUGGAGACACCAUGAUCUCACUGAGAGGUUACACUCCUAACCGAGUAUAUAUGAUGAAAAUUUUUGGUGAGAAGUGGGAAUAUAAAGCAGGGAAUGAUAAACAACAAGUUAUGCGCCACAAUUAUCAACGAUGCAAACACUUCAGAUGAAGAGGCCCGCAUUAUCAUUGAAACAGCAGCCAUGCACCAUUUGUUUUCCAUAUUGUUAUGGUUCUUGGUAUUGUACCAAAACUAUAACUUGAUAUUGGUACAUCAAGCACUGAAACUUGGGUACUAAGGAUCCUGAGCUACUUGUACCACCUUCCACCUCUCCCAUAAGAGGAAAAAGCUGGAAAAUCACAGAAUGCAGCGAUUAGCCGGUUGAAGAAUUUCAAGUCCCCGGCUAUGCUCUCAAUGGUAUGCACAAAGCUGCGAAGUUGGUGCUCGUCACGGCCAUGUUCUGGGUUCUCCUUACUGAGUUCUGCUCUGAGGGCGUGGAGGACGGUGCCGCCUUGUUGCCUUGCUUCUCGCAGAAAGACAACCCACUGUGCGAGCCAUUCCAGUUCCAUUCCUUCGACGUCCCGGAUUUCCGCCGUAUGAACUGCCGUGCUGAUCUUGGCCAAGGCUUCCUCGAGCCUUCCCACGAGCACUGUCACUUCAUGGAGCUCCCAAUCACCUCGUGUAUCAUCCGAGGAUCCAUUUUGCUCACCGACACGGUCGACAUAGGCUCCUCAUCCUCUUUGUGACCCUCUGGCACUGCCAGACCUUCCACCACACCUUCCACCACGGGGCGUGACGUGUCUCCGCUGCCGCUUCAGCCUCGGCGAGGCCUCAAGCCAGAGCAACCCUAUGAACUCCUCCAGGUUCUCCGACUCCUUCUCCAGCGCCUCCACCGCACUUUCCAGCUUCGUCGCGUCCUCGUCGGUCGAGAAGAGCGCCGUGGCAGUGCCGCUGAUGCGCCGCGCCAUGCUCGACAGGGCCUUCCUUGUGAAGGACAGAGCAGAACUACCGCUGCCGCUGCCGCCUGUAUACUGGGGCCUUGGGCGUCAUCCGCUGGCACCGCCAGCCGCAGCUGCUACUGCUGGAAGCUGAGGAGCACCUCGUCGCCGAGGGCGACGGCCUUCUUGAGCUUCUCCCGCCACUCGAGCAGCGAGGCGCUCUCGAUGUCGUGCUUCUCUGACACCUCGACCGUGCUUCGGACCCUCAUGCACAGCCGCUCCAGCCGCUGCAGCUUGUCGGCGACGGGCGUCUGCCUGCCGAGGCUGUUGACGAACUUGGCCACCGCCUUGUCCGCGACCGCACCGGCUAUGGAAUCGGCCAGCACUUCUUUUGCCAUGGUGCCUAUAGCAGUAGCAGGGACGAAGGUGCGUCACUGGAUGUACCCCCUCCCGGAUAUAUAGAACUGUUGCAUGAACGAUCAGAUUAGGAACCUUACAAAUUGGAGAGUUGUUUAAGUAAGAGUUGUCAUGUCUGGCAUGAACCUUACAAAUAAGGUCGGCCUGCAGGAGGAAAAAGAAGCCGGCAUUGCGUUGUUGUCGAGGAA